UGUCUAUGACGCUGCAACUUACAAUGGAAAAGUCCUAGGCAACGGCGUUUCCGAUAUUCAGUUAGCCACUGCCAUUGGACUCCACGUUGAAGUGGCCAUGCUCCCUCGAGCCAACUUAAAGAAAACUGGCGCUCAACAAUUGGAACAAAUGUACAGCUCUCUUCUGGACGCGAACAUUACAGUUAAAUCCGUGUGGGUAAAGGUAACCCCUUACUGGGGUAGUCAGGACUGGUCUUCAUCCUACUCAUCCAAUGUCCAGUUCCUUAACAGCCUUCUUCAACGAGCUCUUCAACGAGCCAACACUAGUUAUGGUCUGGCUGGUGAUACUUACGGCGGUCAUCGUACGACGGAGGCUAAGCGCAACACGAGCGACGUGGAAUA